CUCUCAUCAAUUAACAAAUCUCCAAAAUCUCUCUCUAAAACUAACUUACUCAAAAACCGUUAUAGAAAGAGAAAAUGUAUUCGCCGGCGAGAAAAUCGAGGACUUCGUCUUCUCCGUCAAUGCCUUCGUCGCCGUUACACUUCUUCUCGCCGAUGCGUGGAGAAACUCCGUCAUCUACUCCCGGCCGCCACACCUUUUCCGCUUCAAUGAUGGAGGAGAAUAUUGAUAAUGCCGAACUGAUUGUAACCAAAUGGGAUAUUGACGGUUCCAGCUUCUCCAAGUUGGAGAAUCUGUUCACCGAUGAUCGGAAAGAGGCUAAGGCGUUUCUCCGAUCGGUUAGGGAUUUGCAGAAAGCGAUGAACUAUUUUGCAUCGGAGGAUAAUAAAUCUGGAUUGUUAGUUAGAGCUCAGAAUCUGAUGCAAAUCGCUAUGAAGAGACUUCAGAAGGAGUUUUAUAUGAUUUUGUCGAGGAAUCGGAGUUAUCUCGAUCCUGAAACUGUUUCUGUUUCGGUUAGAUCAUCGACGGGGACGCCGACGGCGAGGUCUAGUGUUUCUGAUUAUGAAGAUUAUUCAUCUGAUGAUGAGAUUCGAUCCAGUAGCGAUUCGAUAUCGGAGAUGGUUAUGGCGGAUCUGAAAGCUAUAGCUGAUUGUAUGAUUUCUUCAGGAUAUACUAUUGAGUGUUUGAAGGUUUAUAAACUAUUGAGGAAAUCGAUUGUUAAUGAAAGCUUGUAUUAUCUUGGAGUGGUAGGAUUGAGUUUAUCUCAGAUUCAGAAAAUGGAUUGGGAGUUAAUUGAGAUAAAAAUCAAAAGCUGGUUAUCAGCUAUGAAGAUUGCAAUGAAUACUCUCUUCAAUGGUGAGAAAAUACUCUGUGAUUACGUCUUUUCUUCUUCUCCAAGAAUAGCUGAAUCCUGUUUUACAGAGAUUUCAAAAGACGGUGCGAUGAAUCUAUUUCAAUUUCCUGAACUCAUCGCUAAAAGCAAAAAACUCUCGCCGGAGAAGAUCUUCAGGAUACUCGACAUCUACGAUUCAAUCGCCGAUUCAUGGCCGGAAAUCGAAUCAAUCUUCUCAUCCGGAUCUAUCUCUUUAGUGAAAACGCAGGCGGUUACAUCGCUCAUCAAGCUAGGCGAAGGCGUUCGAUCAAUGCUAUCCGAUUUCGAAAUCGCGAUUCAAAAGGAUUUAUCCAAAUCGCCGGUUCCCGGCGGCGGCGUACAUCCAUUAACACGUUACGUAAUGAACUACCUCGUCUUCCUUUCAGACUACAGCGGCGUACUUUCCGAUAUCGUUGCUGAUUGGCCGUUAACUAAUCAAUUUCCGUUACCGGAAACCUACUUCUCAAGCCCCAUCCCCGGAGAAGAUGAAGCUUCUGUAAUUUCAGUCCGAUUAGCUUGGAUAGUUCUAGUUCUACUCUGUAAACUCGAUGCUAAAGCAGAACUCUACAAAGACGUAUCUCUUUCGUACCUAUUCCUUGCAAACAAUCUAAACUACAUCGUUUCAAAAGUUCGAAAUUCCAAUCUGAAGCUUCUGUUAGGUGAACAAUGGUUGUUAAAGCAUGCUGGUAAUGUGAAGAAAUAUGCAGGAAAUUAUGAACGAAUUGGAUGGAGUAAAGUAGAGACGCCAUUGUUGAAGCUUAAUCAAAUGACAGAUAAUUCGCCGGCGGUAUCCGGCGAGCUUUUAAGAGGGUUUAACGCUGCUUUUGAAGAAGCAUAUCGGAAACAAGCAACAUGGGUGGUACCGGAUUCGAAACUGCGAGACGAGAUUAAGAUCUCACUGGCCGGAAAGAUUGUGCCGGCGUACCGGAAUUUGUAUGUUAAAUAUCGGGGAAUUGUUGGAUUUGAGACGUUGAUCAGGUAUGCACCGGAAGAUUUGGCUAAUUUUUUGUCGGAUUUGUUCUUUGGUGUAAGUGAUAGUAGUAGUACACCUUUUCAUUCUCAUUCUUCAUCGUCUUCUUCGUCAUCUGCUUCAUCGUCGCGGUCGAGGGAGCAAAAGAGCAGGUGAAAAUUAUGCAGACAUUUGGCCGGCGGCCGGUCGGCAUGUUUUAAAAUUUAUUAUAUUAUUUCAAUUUUUCAAUGUGUAGAGACCCAAAAUACACUAUAAAAUGUAAAAAAGUGUAAUAAUGCAUACAAGUAAUCAUCUUAUUUAUGUAAAAUAUUAUAAUAAAUGUCAACAACAUUCAAUAUAC